GUCUACAGCUCAAAUAUUCCUCACGCAGUCGAGAAAACUAUCCUGUAGGCGGACUAACUCACGCAGUCGAGGAAGUUAUCCUGCGGACUAACUCACGCAGUCGAGGAAGCUAUCCUGUAGGCGGACUAACUCACGCAGUCGAGGAAACUAUCCUGCGGACUAACUCACGCAGUCAAGGAAGCUAUCCUGUAGGCGGACUAACUCACGCAGUCGAGGAAGCUAUUCUUUAUUGUCUUACCUCUGAAAAAAUUUCGAGAAGAGCUAUAACCGAGGAGAACCUUUUUCACAAAGAUUUUUUGUUAAUGUUACUGCUUGAUCGACGAUACUCUUCAACUCAUUCUGCGGUAUGCAAGGGUCUUCUUCUAUUACUUGAUAAAUAA